UGCAUAUUCAUUUUUAAUAGGACGGUCAUAAUAUUAUAUUUUACCUACACAGUUCAUAUACCUACAACCACCAGUAAGCGAAAUCGUAUUCAAUUAAAUAGUAGUUGAUUGAAAACAUUUUUUAUAAACGUGCGAUACUAAAAAAAAAAAACCAAGGCACGACCGUCCGUUGACGGUUACGGUUAUAAUAUUAUACUUUUUAACAUGCACUCUGAAUCAUUAUUGGAAUAUUUACUGGUGAACUACCGAUGGGUGUUCGUAGUUUUUUUUCUUUUACCGUGUACUGUGUUGGGAAGUAUAUGGUCGGUAUUCGAAAAAAGUUUAUGGUCACGUCAUACCGGACUGGAACACGAGAAAAACCUUGGCCAUAUUCAACGCCAGAUCCGUCAUAGAAAUAAACAGGCAACCGAUCAAGUUAUGUGUACGGCCAGACCGAGUUGGCGGAGUAUGACAAUAGCUGACAUGGCUUACAAAAAAUAUAUGUUCAACAUAGACGUUCAUCUAGAUGGAAUUGUUUCGAUCAAUGCUAAGACUCAAACAGUCAGAGUAGAACCGGGUAUUACAAUGGGCCGAUUGAUUCCCAUUUUGAUCGAAUCCGGUUGGACGGUGCCCGUGGCCUUGGAUAUGGAAGACCUAACAAUCGGUGGUCUUGUUAUGGGAAUUGGAUUGGAAUCGUCAUCGCAUAAAUUUGGACUAUUUCACGAAACAUGUAUACGGUAUGAACUCAUUACGGCCAACGGCGAUUUGAUCAUAUGUUCAAAGUCAGUGAAUGCAGAUAUUUUCGAAUCCAUACCAUAUUCGUAUGGCACUUUGGGAUUUUUAACAGCGGUUGAUAUUCAACUAAUACCAGCGAAAAAAUACGUAAAACUCAAAUACCGUCCAAUUCGUACAUUGGAAAAAAUGGAGUCUCGACUGAUAGCGGAAACUAGUGAUUUAGAGCACAAUGAUUUUGUCGAGCUAUUAAUAUACAACAAAGACGAAGGAGUCUUGAUGACUGGAAAAAUGACGGAUGGCAGUAGAGACAUUAAAUAUGUGAACAGAAUCGGUCGAUUUUACAAACCAUGGUUUUUUAAGCACGUUGAAUCAUUCCUAAUGACAUGGACAAUUGGCGAGGAAUAUAUUCCACUAAAAGAUUACUAUUUUAGGCACAAUAAAUCAUUAUUUUGGGAAAUUCAAGAUAUAAUACCUUUCGGAAAUCACCCAGUUUUCCGUUAUCUACUAGGAUGGCUGAUGCCUGCAAAAGUGGCUUUAUUGAAAUUGACACAAACGGAUACAAUCAAACAGUUGUAUGCCAAUCAUCAUUUCAUAGAUGACUUCAUACUACCGAUUUCCAGUUUGAAAAAAUCAGUUCAAAAAUUUGAUAAAAUUCUCAAUAUUUAUCCAAUUUGGGUAUGCCCAACUGUUUUGCGUCCGGGAAAAGGUCUUAUGCAUUCACCCGCAACAGUAAACAAUAUGUACAUUGAUAUUGGUUUAUAUGGUGAGCCUAAAGUCUCCAAAUAUAAUCCAACAAUUUUAAGGGACCUAGAAAUAUUCGUACUUAAACUAAAAGGAUUUAAGAUGAUGUACGCCGGUACAUAUUUAAAUAUAGAUGAGUUCAAGACUAUGUUUGAUCAUCGAUUGUAUGACCGAAUGAGACAGAAUCUACAUUGUAAAUCUAACUUUCCAGAAGUUUACGACAAAGUAAAUAGGAAAGCCAGAAUAUAAUACAUUUUUAAUUUAUAAUAAAUUCUUUUAUAAAACAAUGUACCUUCACAUAAUAUAAUAUUAUUAUAUUUUAAUAACACAAUAACUUCAUGAAUAAAUAAAUAUUGUACCUUUAUAUAAUAUUAAUAUUUACAUAGGUAGUAUAAUAAUAUGAUAAGUAUUAUAUAGGUAAUUAUUGCAUAAAUAAUUGUUGUAUUCCAAAAGAAAGUUUGAUUAUAAUGUGUAAAAGUAAACCGAUUCUUUAUAAACAGUACUUAAUUCAAAUUAAGGUGCUUAUGUAUACAAAGGUGUUUAUAAUAGGUAUAUAUAACAAAUUUUCAAAUAAAUUUUCCAUCAAGACUCUAUAAUAGUAGUAUAUUGUGGUGAAUGUUUUUAAUAUUAAAAUUUAUAGGGAAAACAUCGCUUUUCUCACAGUCAAUAAUUAUAAUAUGUCGCCUGUUUUUGGGUAGGCACAUAUAAAAAUGUGUACGUAAAUAAAUUCUACUAACAUGACAAAAAAACAACGUCUAACUCACAAUUUUGGAAAAUUGACUUAUUUGUAAUAUUAUUAUACAUACCUGUAUAUACUAAUUCUUAUUUUAAUUUAUUAUCUUGCACAUAUCGCACUUACAAAUGCAAAGUAUACAAACCGUAUACACCGCAAACUCACGAUUAAAUGCAAUAUGUGGCAUGAAACACGCGUGGAUAUAAUAUUUGGCUGUUGCAUGUUUGUUUGUCUGUUUUUCCCGUUUGUCCGAAAAAGGCUUCUGAACGGAUGAUCCUGUUUUGACGGGUUUUCAAAUAUAUUGUAUUAUUUAAUGAAAAAACGGAAAUCGAUAACAGAUGGAUUAAUUCUAAACCUGAUUGUAUCGGGUAUUAUAGCUAGCAGCAUAAUAUUAAAAAUUACACUCAAUGACGCUGAAUUUGUGUACACUUCAUAUUGAAUUAAACAUUUAUUUUGACAAAUUUUUUUACAACAAACAUACAUUUUU